AUUGCCGUCACGUCGUCGUCACUGCGCGCGCCGUGCGCCGACUUGCUCUUGGCCGUGUCACCGUCGCUGUCGUUGUCGUACAACCGUCGUCGUCGUCGUCUGGUCGCCGCGCGCGUUUUUAUUACCGCUCUUGGUUUGAGUGUUUACCUGUGGUUAUAAAAUACCACCCGAGUGAUUAUAAUAUUAAUAAUAAUAAUAUUACACCUGUGUGAUAAUAUUAAUAAUAAUAUUUGAAAACAAAAAAUUCAAAUAGAUAUUAUUAUUUUAAUAGUAUAAUAUAAUAAUAUAACAAUAUCAAAACGAUACUAUUUUUCGUUACUGUUGUUGUUAUUAUUAUUAUUUUUCGUCGAAAUCGUUGUUGUUGUUGUUGUUGUUGUUGUUUUCGCUUUUCCUCGUUGGAAUCUUAUCUUUCGGAAUUUUAUCGAAAUUUUGACGGCCGAGUUGCGAAGUACCCGCGAAACACGCAAAAAAAAAAAAAUAACGAUUUCGCGCGCUCAAACGGUUUCCGCCAACGAGUGCCCCCCAACGACAUUAUAUUAUUAUAUUUAUAAAAAAGUUCAUCGUGUUGAGUUAUUAUUUAAUUUUUUCGAUUAGAUUUAAUUUCUUCUACGUUUUACCUUUUUUUUUUUUAUCCGCCGAUCGUGCCUAUAUAUGACGUAUAGGUUUGACCGUACGGUGAAAGAAGCACUCUCGAAGACGACAAGAUUGUACACUUUACGAAAAACAUUAUUACGAACUUUUCAAAAAGCCGUUAGAUGUUUAAGCGCGCCGGUACCGUAUAAAAAACGUACUACUUAUCUACCUUCACUGCAACGAGACAAUAUUUAUUAAAGUCUGGGACGUUCACACCCCGCUUACAGGGUUGUUGUUUCCGCGCAUCGGUUCAUUUAUAAUUAUUCAUGAUGGACGCCUCUCUACUGGCAUCAGCCACCACGACGGCCACCGCGCACACGAUCGCCGCGGCCACGUCGACCACCGUGGUGGCCACGAUAACCCGCAGCGUCCAGCGCAAUGGCACUCAUCGUGGAGCAGUCAACGUGCACGGCCGGCUAAUGUACGACGAGAUCGUCAUCAAUGACGUCUGGAUCAACGCCAUCUUGUCUACAUUGGCUCUGUCAUGCGCCGCGUGCGUCUGCCUUUGCUUCUUGUACUGCAAAAUCCAACAGUGGAAACAUGGAGUUCAGCGGAGGAGGAACGAGAAGAAUUCGCGAAAGUACGACGCCGACUCGCUGCCCAGCUACACGAUUGUCACUGGAUUGCCCACGUACGACGAAGCUGUGGAGCGCAUGAAGGGCGGCAACAACUACGGCGGUGGCGCCACGUCCAUCCGAGACAACAAGCCGCCGUCCUCCAAGCACGUGUCCGUGUCUGUGGUUCGCAUCAAGGACGACGUUCCGACCCCGCCGAAGCCCGACCCCAAGUUCGGACUGGUGUCGCACAGCCUGUUCGUGCACGACGACGGGUGCAGCCACUGCCUGUCCGUCCAGGAGCUGUUGGAGACCUACAACGUGCGAUAGGCCUGCUGCACGUCCACCUG